GCUCCCUGCCUCUCUCUCUCUCUCUCUCUCUCUCUCUCUCGUAGCCUUUCUUCACUUGUCUCUCGCUUUAUCACUCACCCACACCCUCUCCCUCCCUAUAUAUACACACACAUUCCACAUCUGUCUAGUCACGUCCACACGCCAUUCUUCCUUCAUUCCAACAUACUGUAUCCUGCUGCGAUUUGGUUCAACUUCAAGUAAUUCAGCUAGCUUAACAACAUGGAAGAGGAGCAUUACUACCGGGGAGGCCAUGUGCCGGCGUUUGGAAGCUGGGACUGGAACAACGACCUUCCUUUCACUCAGUGCUUCGAAUCCGCCCGCCAGGCCGGCUUCCUUCGCUACAGCUACUCCGAGGAUCCAGAUCUGUACGUCGCCGGCGACUUGUACCAGAACGACGUCGUCACUCCUACUGUCAUCGUCGUCCCUCGCCGCCCACGCCAGCAAGGGAAAGUCCGUCAGUCCCGCACCAAACAAGGCAAAACAAUGGAAAAGCGACAGCAGCAGCAGGCAGAAAUGGGGUACAACUUGAAGGAGUGCCAGGGCGUGGUUAUUAAAGAAGAGCCGAGCCCGCCUCCGAAAUCCGCAGCAGCUACUACAAAUACUUCGCUCCCGCGCUCCAACCCGAAGCCGGUGGACGAAGAUCUGUACAAGAUCUCGCCCCACCUUCUCUAUGCAUCAUCAACCAAACCCAGAAAGAAGAAGAAGAGGGCGUUUGGGAUUUGGUCAAGCUGCUUGCUGCCUACCUGCGUCGUUUGAAUCUGAUGGUGCAUGCGUCUCCACCUAGAGACUGGGUGGUGCAGUACAUAUUCUUAUUGUUAUCAAUUAUAAUAUAUCAUGAUGGUGAAGGUAGAGGAGAUUAAAUAUGCACUAUUAAUCAUAAGGAAUUUUACAAUGCUAUAUAGUAUUGGUGCUAUAGGUUUUUGUCUUUAUGGUACAACUUAAAAUUGUACAUUUAUGUUACGGUAUAAUUUCAGAUUGUACCUAUACUGUUUGUACAAAUUCUUUUAUGGUACAACUUGAACUUGUACCUUUAUGUGAUGGUACAACUUCAAGUUGUAAAGUUGUACCAUAACAUAAUGGUACAAAUUCUUUUAUGGUACAAUCUAAACUUAUACAUUUCAUGUUAUGGUACAACUUUAAGUUGUACAUUAAAGCACUAAUACUAUAUAGCAUAUUAUCAUUACUUCAUUAUUAUUAGCAUGGUUGAGGAUGGAUUAAUUGCACGGAGUUUGCUUUAUAUCUAGACAAUAUAUAAUAGAGAUUCAUAGGUCUCCUUUCCACCAUUUAAAUUUUGCUGCAACGAGCGCAUUUAUCGGUAGGGUAUUUAGGUCUUUGCAUUCAUUUUUUAUAAAGCUGUGCAUUUCAU